AUGUACCUCCAGGGCGGGCCCGCCGUCGGCUACGGCGCCAGCGGUGCUGGGCUGGGCUACGCCGGCGGCGCCUACGGCGCAGGCUACGGCGCUGGCUACGGCGCAGGCGCCGGCGCCGCGGGCUGCGCGCCCGCCUGCGCCGAGGGCAGCGCCUGCCUCGGCUGCGGCCCAGGCGCAGGCGCAGCCUGCGCCGAGACGUGCGGCUGCGGCGUCUCCGGCUGCGCGGGCGGCGCGGCGUGCUGCGGGGGCGGCGGAGGCAGCACGAUCCUGUCCUACGUCGGCGCCGGGGGCGACUACGUCCAGGAGACGACCUACAGGUACGUGGGACACGGCGCGGGCGAGUUCGGAGCCAUCCGCAUCCCAGGGCGCGGCCCCAACUGCUGCUGCUUCCUGAUCCCGCUGCUGCUGCUGCCCCUGCUGCUGCUCCCGCUGCUCCUCUUCGCGCUCGCCCCGGGGAGCACCACGACCACGACCACGACGACCACGCCGUUCGUGCCGCCUUCGACCCCGCCGCCAGACACGACGACCACGACCAAGAAGACAACGACGACCAGGAGGCCUCCGCCCCCGCCCCCGCCCCCGCCCCCGCCCCCGCCGCCCCCGCCGCCGCCCCCGCCCCCGCCCCCGCCGCCCACAACCACGGAGAAGCGGAUCAACUGUGGCGAGGGCGCCCCGGAGUCGUGGGACGCGGCCAAGAAGGUGCAGUGCUGCUUGAUGGAGAACAAGGGCUGCCCCACCACGUCCACGUCGCCCUGCCCCAUAGACUGCAACGCGCGGCGGCGGACAACGACCUCGACGCGCUGCAGUGGGUCCGUGGCUGGUCCGGCGAGAAGAAGCUCUACUGCUGCAAGACCGCCAACCGGGGGUGCCCGUCGGAGCUGCCGCCCCCGUCCGGCCUGCCCCCGUCCGGCCUGCCCCCGGCGCCCGACGAGAGCAAGUACGACUGCGACGCGGGGUACCACCACUGCAUGCACUGCUUGGAGAGCUGUCCUGGUCCCCGAAGAAGAUCAACUACUGCUGCGCCAACUUCCACAAGGGCUGCAAGGGCGAGGAGCCGGCGUGAGGGGCCCGCUCUGGCGAGAGACCGCGCCAGGGGCGCUCGGGGACCCCCCCCCUCCUCCUCGCUUCUGCCUCCCCCUUCCCCCCCCUGCUUCCCCAGGCGCCCCCGCGCCCCGCCGGGCCGAGCGCUUUUUCUUUUUUUCUUUUUUUGUGGCUGGCUCCCGCCGGGGGCAGCGCCGCGGCAGAGCUGCCCCGCUCGCGCGACGGCGCCCCGCGGUGGCGCCUGCAGACCACAUGCUGCCAUGCUGGGCGCGCCCGCGGCAAAGCGACCGGCGCGCGCCUCGCAGUGAGGCCCGGGCCCGUCGGCAUCCUGAGUAUCAGGGCUGA